AUGCAAUUAAGCAAGCUUCUAAUCAUUAUCACUGGACUAAUUCACAGUACUGUUUCCGCCUCAGAGUACUCAGGAUGUCCUAACAUCUCUCCCGGACCAGCUACCGUCUCCCAGUUAGCGGAUAUACUCCCCAUAUCGCCGUUCACAGAUCCAAUUGCUACAGAAUCUAUACGUAACACCUUGACUCUCUACGCUUUUGCAGUAGAUGGCCGCAAUUGGCCCGCAUUCUCACGAAUCUUCGCCCCAAACGUCCGAGCAAACUACUCGGAACCCCUCGGUAUCACCUAUGGACUCGCAAACAUCACCAAUAGCAUCUCGGCAGCCGUUGCGAUCUUUGCCGGAACGCAUCAUAGAUACGGUACGCAAUACAUCGCCAUUUGCUCGCCGACAAGCGCUAUCUCGGUGACUUAUCUUAUGGCCAGCCACUUUUUCUUGCUGGAUAUCGCGCCGGUGGUGGAGGAUGAUACUCAUACAUUGUUUGCUACUAGCAGGUAUGAAGAUACUUAG